AUGGCUUCUGCAACGUUUGCAAACGUCUCCAGCCGGCCAGCUGCCUGGACCCUUGGCCAGCCGAGCUCGGCUCUACCAGUCGAGGCUGUCGUUGAUUCGACUACAUUCACCUCAACCGAAUCCAACUCCACUGGCUUCACCUCGAGUGGAUUCACCUCGGCCGGGUUCCAGAAGCUGUCCAGCUCUUUCACCGACAAAGAUGGACUCUCCAGCGUCGACUCAACUCUUCUCCAGGACGCUGGCAUGAUUCGUUCCAUCGUCAAGAUCGAAUCGCGCUUCGAAAAUACACAGACCGGUCACUCCAUCUGGAAGAUCGGCACAGGCUGGCUCAUUCGUCCCGACCUCAUCGUCACCGGCGGUGAUGUUGUGUACGAUGCCGAGUACCAGCUGGGCGCCGCCACGCAGGUCAAGUGUUUCAUCGGCUACCAUGCCAGUAGCUCCUCGGAGAUCCAGCCACGCUAUGGCCAACGCGUCGUGACCUCCUCCGAGUGGAUCGAUGGCUCGGAGAAGCGCUCGCGAGACAUUGCCUUUAUCCAAGUCGCGGAGCCCUUUGCGAUCAAGGGAUGCACUUGCAAGGCGCUUGAACAAGUCAGACUUCCAGAGCCUGAGAUCGCCCCAAAGGCUCCUAUUCAAGAAGAGCCUGUCGUGUCCGAGUCCAAAGAGAAUGCCACCACGACCACGGAAUACUAUUCGAGCUCCGGUGGUGCUUGCGGCGAGACUGAUGUCGCUGUCCCUCAAGUCGAGCAGCCCAAGCCCCAGCCCGAGGUCACCCAACCCGAGGUUAUCCAACCCGAGGUCAUCCAACCCCAGGAACCAGAGCUCAAGAUCCCGUCUGUGUCGGUUCAUGCGAAGACAGAUGACGACGGCUUCGUCAACGUGACCUCCCCGGCCGCUGAUACCACCACGGAUCCAUUCUACGAGGUUCUCAAGACGGUGGCUCAGAUAGAUACAAAGACUCUCGAUAUCGAGUCUCCUCUUGUCGACGAAAUUGGUCAGUUCCUCAGCGUCAGCGCCGGAUCUUUGCUCCGCUACGUGGUGGGUGCUGAGCCGAUCUCUACUGGCCAGAAAACAAGGCUUCCCGGUGUCUCAGAGAGAGCUCUGCUUGCCGAGGCAUCUCUGCAAGCUGUCCUGGCAAUCGAGCAGUCCUCAGAGUUGAAUGAGAUUGUCGAGCACAUGCGACAGACCUGGUCUGCCAAUGCGCCCGAGGUUGACCAAGCUGCCACCCUCAUCGUGCCAUAUCUCAAGGAGCGUGCCCAGCACAUUGCCGAAUACCACUUAGAGGAUGCAAAUGAGCAAACUGUGGAGUCCAAGAAACUAAAGCGCCGACCCUUGGCCAUUAGGCUCUCGGCAGGAAACGAGGGGUCCAAGGACUUUGCGAAGGGCCUUUUUUCGCCAACCAUCCCCCUUGCUGGCCGAGAGCAAGUCUUUUCCUCCCUGGGUCCGGUUCUGAGAGAUGCGAUCCUUGCUGUUGAAACACUGGUCUCUGAGACCGGCAAGGCUGCCAUCAACGAACGUGUUCCGAAGCUGUUGGAGAAGUCGCGUACCGUCAACUCCACUCAGUCCGAUCUGGAGGCCACCCGAAUUCUGAUUCAACGUGCCAUCAUGGCCGAUGCCGCCUAUCAAGCCCUUGCAAGCCUUUCCGAGCAGAAGCUGCAGGCUCUCAAGCUGCUUCCACUCGGUUCUACCGCUAUUGAACACGAGUCCAUCUUUGACUUUAUCAAGAGAGUCAUCCAGAAGACUGGACCUGUGGCCUUGCAUCCCACCAAGCAGGCUGUCAAGAAAUUCAUCCCACUGCUCAUCGACACCCCAUCCAAGCAACCGGAGCCUGCUACCGGCGUUACUACCAAGACUACUGUGCAUCGGCUUGCCCUCCGAGAUGUCCUCCGCGAGGAUAAGGCUUCUGCCAAUGUCGGAAUCUCUUGA